UACAUUUUUUGUCAUGUUAUACAGUUUGAAGAUGAUCAUUUUGAAUUGUAUUGCAACAAAUAAAAUGAAAAUAAUUCUUUUAAAAUAUUACGUGAAAAUCAGCCUGUAAUUAGUUCUAUAUGUGUUAUAAAUAUAUAGUCAAUAGUUUAUGACAACUCGUAAGUUGCCUUUUGUUGUUGUGAGAAAUAUGUAUAUUUGUGAGUGUGUAUAUUUAUAAUUAUAUUUGCAAUUAUUAAAUGAUGAUAAUAUAUAGAAUGUAACAUUAAAACAAUAUGAUAAGUACAAUCUUUUCUGUAAUUGCAAAAAUCUGUCUUUUUCAAAAAUGAGAGCUAUUUUGUUGUUUUUAAUUUUAAUUCAAACAAGAGGGAAAACAAUUCAGACUUGUCCAAAGUAUUGCACGUGUAAACUUGGCGCACAAGCUGAAUGGCUACGUAUCAAAUGCAGUAAUGAAUUGCAGAAUAUUAGAGACAUUAAUAUCAACAGUGUCAGUGUGGAAUUAGUUCAAUUAGAUUUAAGUAAAAAUAACAUUUAUACUAUUGAAGCUAAUAUAUUUAAGAAUCUGACAAAUUUGAAACGUUUAAAUUUGUCACAAAACUAUAUAACUUCUAUUGAUACAGAAUGUUUUAAUGGUCUUGGAAAUUUAGAAAGACUGGACUUAAGUAAAAAUCAAAUUUCAACUAUAGAUGCUUAUACAUUUAGAAAGUUGCCAAAUUUGAAAAGACUUGAUUUGUCUGGCAACAACAUAAGUAUGGUGAAACCAUCAUUAUUUCAUGAUUUACUGGCUUUAGAACGCUUGAAAUUAAAUGAAAAUAAAUUAACAACUUUAAUGGAAGGUACCUUUUUUGGCCUAAAUUCUUUAAAACAGUUAGAUUUGUCUAAUAAUCCAUGGAGAUGUGAUUGUGAAUUGUAUUGGUUUAGUAAUUGGAUUCACAACAGUUCUAUUAAACUAAAUCCUGCCCCCAAAUGUGCAUCACCUGUAAAUAUUAAAGGUGAAUUUGUAAAAAAAUUGAAAUAUUCAGAAAAUAUUCAGUGUCAGUUGUUACCCCCUACAAUUGAACUUCGACCAAUUCAUAAUCAAGUAGUAUUUGCUGGAGAUUCUAUAACUUUAAAAUGCAGAGCACCUAGUAUAACAGAUGAUAAAAAUGCAAGAUUAAGUUGGUUAUGGUACCCUAAUACUACUACUGAAAAUGCAGAUUUAAAUGCAUUUUUAGAUCCACAAAAAAGUUUAUCUAAUAUUAAAGUUGAUAAUAGAUAUCUUGCAGAUAGCGGAAUUGUGGACAGUUCUCUUAGUAUUGUUCCUAUUAAAGACGAACAUAAUGGUCAAUGGAACUGUUUAUUAGUUUCUGUAAAUGGUAAUAGAACAAAAGCAAUCAGUGUAAUUGUUAUCUCUGAAGAAACUCGUUACUGUCCUCUGGCAGUAACAAAAAAUAAUAAAGGUAUUUAUACAUGGCCAAAAACUGUAGUAGGAUGGAGAGCAGAAUUACCAUGUGAAGGCAACCAUUUAUCAGGUUUAAUGCAAAUGCCUUUAAAAGCUUCCUAUCAGUGUAAUGUUACAGGAUAUUGGGAGAAUUUAAACACAGAAUUAUGUCCUUACAUAUCACAUAUAACAAAAAGUUUAGAACAAUUUUCUAAAGUUAAUCUUUCUCUUACGAGAAUCAAUUUAUUAGAAAGUGCAAAGAAAUUUAAAAAUUUUACAGGAAAUUCCAUAAAAAUAACUGAUCCUAUUGAAGUAGAUUUUAUAACUCAAACUAUAGAAAAUUAUUUAAAUUUUCUAAUUGAAGGAAAAGAACUUGGCACUAUGUUAAUCGAUGUUAUCAAUACUCUGAUUAAUGUACCAAAGAAUAUUUUAAAAAAAGCUGAAAUUUCUUUUAAAUCUUGUACGCGACUAAUAAAAGCUGUAGAAAAGAUUAUAGAACAUACUCCAUCUAUACAAUUUUACAAGAAAAAUAUGGCCCUAGAAGAAUUUAGAGUAAAACGUGAUAGUUUUACAGGAUUAAUAUGUACAUGGUAUUCGAAUAAUAAUCCAGAAAUACGAUUUUUACAAUGUACAACAAACAAUAGAACAUCUCCCAUUAAUAUAAAAGAUAGAACAAUUGAAGCAUCAAUACAUUUACCUGCAUCUUUAUUACAAUAUUCACAAGAAGUUAUUGCUCAUCAAUUAAUGAUUUCUGUAUAUAGUAAUAAUAGAUUGUUCCCUAAAAUAAUCAAUAAUGAUAAUAUGGAUGUAGCAUCCUGUAUUAUUGGAAGCAAAUUAUAUGGGAUGUCAAUACAAAAUUUAACUGAACCUGUAUACAUUAUGUUAAAGGCACCUUUGUAUUAUUACGCUGGGAAGAAACUUUUACCAGUAGUUUGGGAUGAUACAUUAAAUAAAUCAGGAGGUUGGACAAGUGAUGGUUGUUAUUUAAGAAAUAUAUUGAACAAUUUAAUAAUAUUUCAUUGUAAUAGAUUGGGAUAUUAUGGUCUUUUACAAGACACUUCUACACUUGAUUAUGAUGGUAACAGCAUAAGCGGCGCAAAAUUUAGAUAUUCAAAUCCUGCAAUAUAUAUUGGAAGUAUUACAAUAAUAACAUGUUUAGUUAUUAUGUGUAUCACAUAUAUCAUUUGUUACACAUCAAUUACAAUGCCUAAAAAAGCAAAACAUUGCGUUAUUAAUACUUGGUUUGCUAUGGCAUUAUUAUCAUUUUUUUAUAGCAUUGGUAUCUACCAAACAGAAAAUAUACCAAUUUGUCAAGGUGUUGGUCUUAUUUUGCAUUAUUUAUCUUUAUGUUGUUUGUUAUGGAUGGCAGUGUUUGCGAGCAACAUGUACAAAAAAUUAUCCAAAUCAGAUCUCGAAGAAGAUAUUCCAGAUAAUGAUCUUCAAGAUCCACCAAUACCAAAACCAUUAUUGGGACUUUAUUUAGUUGGCUGGGGCAUAGCUAUGAUUAUUUGUGGUAUAUCUGGCGCAAUAAAUCUACGAGAAUACGCUGGAUAUUCAUAUUGUUUUCUCACAUCCGCUCCUGCUCUUGUUGCUCUGUUUGUUCCAGCUGGAUUUCUAAUUGUAUAUUUAUUUAUUUUUCAUUUACUCAUUAAAUGUUCAAUUCAAAAUGUUGACAUGAAUGCUCAGUUGUCUGAAGGUACACAAGCAACAGAAAAUAUGGAUUUGGAAUUAUUGGAGCCAAGUACAAAUAUUUCUAUUGAUAGAAAUAGUGCACAUAGUGUACAAACUGUAUUGUCUGAUAUUGAAGAUUCAGAACAUUCUCAAAUUACUCAAUUGAAAGGUCAAAUUAUUAUAUUAACUUUAUAUUUGAUAUCAUGGAUUACUGCAGCAGCAGCUACAACAAAGUCAUUAAAUGCAUAUAUUUCAUUUGAUGAAACUAUAUUUGCUAUUUUAUAUUCACUUUUUUCUAGUUCACUUGGAAUUUUCAUUCUUUUCUUUUAUGGAAUUGCACGAAAUGAUGUUAGGUCACAAUGGUUAAGAAUGGGUUGUUGGUUUCAGAAACGGAAAAAUCAAUGUUGUCGAACAAGAAGUAUCUCUGAUGCAAAUCCAGUAAUAACAACACAAUCUUUAGUACAAAAUUUGGUGGCUCCAAUGUCUAAUUCUCAAGCUACUCAAGUUACAUCUGAUUCAAAUUCCAUUAGCUCGUCCAGAUACACCAAUAGAUCGCAAACAUAUAAUGCAUUUAAAGUUACAGAUAUUGUCACCAAUAAAAAAGUAUCGCCUGUUGGUAGAAAAAUGACAAAUAUGAACUUAGUUGUAUUGCACCGACAACAAUACAGAUCUGAUAAUUCUGUAACAACAUACAUUGAACCCACUUGUGUUGAAAUGUUCUAUAAUCCUCAUCAAAGUGGAGUUGCCAGAAAAUUUUUUAGAAAACAACGUCGUCAUACAAAAAAUAGUAAUCUUGGUCCUCGAAAACAAGGCGAUGGUGGUGCUAUGAGUGAUGCUGGUAGUUGCAUUUCUGUAUCACGGUCGACCACAAAAUUAGAAAGUAAUAUAGAUCAAACUAUCUUAAGUAGCAGUGCAAAAGUGAAUAAUACAAACAUUCAUGUUGAAUUAAAUCCAAUAAAUGACGUUAAAAACGUUAAUAUACUCUCAGAUAGUGGUGGUAGUAUUUCAGAGGAAAGAAAUGUUCCAAUGCGAUUUGUUAUUGGCCAAGAAGAUUUUUUUCGAAAUGUAAGAAAAGUUAACAACAAUUGUAGAUUACACGAGUCUAUAAAUACAGUAUCUAACUCUGCAAGAAACAAUUGCCAAAAAAUAGAAUUAUUGAAUAUAACUUUACAUGAGUCAGACAUGGAAAUCAAAACUGAUGAAGAAAAGCAUUUGCAGAGUGUUUCACAACAAUGCAGUUUAGAAUACAGUUCGGAAAUAGAAUCUAUUACUCAGAUGACUAGUGAAAAAAGUGAUCAUAAUUUACCAGAAAUUUAUGAAACUGUAGAAACAAUUAUGGAAGCAAAUCUUUUAAAAAAGGACUGUCAAAAUGAGAAUGAAUUCCAUGAAGUAGAGAAACACCAGUCAAAUGCCAAUUUAAAAUGGUUAACUCAUUCUAAUAGCAUGCACUGUCUUCCAAUAGAUACUGCAAAACCAUUACGAAAUAAUUAUUGUAAUUCAUUAAAUGACAUUACAUCUCUUGCCAGUUUCAAGAAAUGUGAAUAUUUGAAAUCAUUUUCAGACUUGCAGAAUAUUGCAAGUUCGAAUUUAUGCAAUAAAAAUUCCCUUUCUGAAAAAUCAUUUAGUAAAUUAGAACUAUCUUUCUCUAAAGUAAACAGUGAAGUUAAAGAUAAUUUACAUAAUUUAGUACAGAAUAUUACUUCCACAAGAAAUAUUGAAUGUGCCUCCAAUGUGUGCACUGAUGAAUUGAAAUCUAAACAAAAAUGUAUCAAUUCUAUGAUUGAUAUGACAUCAUUUAUGCAUAGUUCUUGCAAUAUAGUAAGAAAUUUAGAUUCAAACAAUGAAGUAGAAAGUUUAAACAAACAACAAAAUAUACAGCACAUUGAAGGUAGUGAAGUACACUUAAAUAAUCCAAAUACUUAUCUACAAAUAGUUAAAAAAGAAACAAGCGUUUAAUCUAGUUUUGCUUAUAUAGAGCAUAAUAUAU